CACGAUUUGCCUUGUAGACUUAAGCAGCCCCACCUGGGCAAUGAGGGCGAGAAAAGGUUGCUCAAAGUGUCAAAGAACACCUGCUGCUGCAAACUGAGGAGCGGUGUGCACAAAGCUAGGUGAGAGGAGGGGCUUAGCCCUCUAUCGCACAAAUGGAGACUCUCCUUAAGUGAAAGUGAUGCAACCUGAUAGCGCAAAAAAUAAAAAUACAAGGGAGCAAAACAGCUCUCCGAGACUGAAAGCCCAAACCUCGAGUCUACAUCCGGCGUUUUAAAGCCCGCAACAGCGGACCACCGCCUGGGAAAAGUUUACGAGCAGGUUUUGUGGAGACGCGGGCGCCGUGCUGUCAGAAGCGGGUGGAAAGGACCCUCGCGGGAGCACACGAGGAGCCUUGCCCCGCCGGGCGAGGACACGCCCCCAAGGCGAGAACCGGAAGCGCUCGGUUCGGCCCGGAAGUAGUGCCGAAUUGGUACACGUGAGCGGCAAUAUGGCGGCUCAUCGCUCUGGCCCGCUUAAGCAGCAGAAUAAAGCUCAUAAAGGCGGGCGGCAUCGGGGUCGGGGAUCCGCGCAGCGGGACGGCAAGGGCCGUCUAGCACUGAAAACCCUAAGCAAGAAGGUGAGAAAAGAUCUCAGCAAAGUGGACCAGAGGCAUCGCGCCAGCCAGCUCCGAAAGCAGAAGAAGGAGGCGGUUUUGGCAGAAAAGAGACAGCUCGGCAGCAAGGAUGGCCCUCCUCAUCAGGUACUGGUGGUUCCCCUGCACAACAGGAUUUCCCUGCCAGAGGCCUUUCGACUGCUUCAGGAUAGGGAUACUGGAACAGUACACUUGAAUGAAUGGGGAAGCACCCAUAGCUUUAUGCUCUUAUGCCCCCGCUUGAAACAUCGGUGGUUUUUUACAUCUGCAAGGCCAGGGGAUCUGCACACUGUGUUAGACAUGGCUAAAGUGGCUGAUACCAUCCUGUUCCUCCUUGAUCCACUAGAAGGCUGGGAUAGCACUGGGGAUUACUGCCUUUCCUGCCUCUUUGCUCAGGGCCUUCCUACCUAUACAUUAGCUGUCCAGGGGGUUUCGGGCCUCCCACUGAAGAAACAAACAGAUGUCAGGAAGAAGCUAAGUAAAGCAGUGGAGAAGCGCUUUCCUGAUGACAAACUCCUCCUGUUAGACACUCAACAGGAGGCAAGGAUGCUGCUCAGGCAGUUGGCUAACCAAAAGCAACGGCAUCUUGCCUUUCGAGAUCGGCAUGCCUACCUAUUUGCUCAUGCUGCUGACUUUGUGCCUAGUGAAGAGAAUAACUUGGUGGGCACCUUGAAGAUCUCAGGCUAUGUUCGUGGGCAGGCUCUGAAUGUAAAUAGCUUGCUGCAUAUCGUUGGACAUGGUGAUUUCCAGAUGAAACAGAUAGAUGCCCCUAUGGACCCUUUCCCUUUAAAUCCUAGAGUGAUCAAAUCCCCAGAGGACCCAGGCAUGGCAAUGGAGAUUUGUGCUACAGAUGCUGUAGCUGAUAUGGAGGAGGACCUGAAGGUCCUAAUGAAGGCAGACCCUGAGAGACAAGAAUCUUUGCAAACAGAGGUUAUCCCAGAUCCAAUGGAGGGGGAACAGACCUGGCCCACGGAGGAGGAGCUGAGUGAAGCAAAUGACUUAUUGAAGGAAACUUCCAAGGUAGUAAAGAAGGUUCCCAAAGGAACAUCCAGUUAUCAAGCUGAAUGGAUUUUGGAUGAGGAUGGCGAAAGUGGUGGGGAAGGAGAUGAGUAUGAUGAUAUAGAACGUGAGGAUUUUAUGGAAGAGGAAUCUCAGGAUGAGGGUAGUGAAAAGGAAGAAGAGGAGGAAUGUGAAACUGUGACUAUAGGAGAGUCCAUGCAUGAUGAUCUGUAUGAUGAGAAAGUGGAUGAAGAGGCUGAGGGGAAAAUGCUGGAGAAAUAUAAACAAGAAAGACUGGAAGAGAUGUUUCCAGAUGAAGUAGAUACCCCCCGUGACGUGGCUGCUAGAAUUCGAUUUCAGAAAUACAGAGGUCUCAAGAGCUUCCGGACAUCUCCAUGGGAUCCUAAGGAAAACCUCCCUCAAGAUUAUGCUCGGAUCUUUCAGUUUCAGAACUUUAUUAACACUAGGAGACGCAUCUUUAAAGAGAUUGAAGAAAAAGAGGUUGAAGGAGCUGAGGUUGGCUGGUAUGUCACACUUCAUGUCUCUGAGGUCCCUGUCUCAGUGGUUGAGCACUUCAAGCGAGGUGCACCCUUGAUUGCAUUUUCUUUACUACCUCAUGAACAGAAGAUGUCAGUACUUAAUAUGGUGGUGAGCCGGCACCCUGGCAACACUGAACCUGUGAAAGCUAAAGAGGAGCUGAUCUUCCACUGUGGAUUCAGGCGCUUCCGAGCCUCACCCUUAUUCUCUCAGCACACUGCAGCGGAUAAACAUAAAUUUCAGAGAUUCCUGACUGCUGACUUGGCUCUGGUGGUGACAGUAUAUGCCCCUAUCACUUUUCCUCCUGCAUCUGUGCUGCUUUUCAAACAGAACAGCAAUGGAAUGCACAGCCUCAUUGCCACAGGCCAUCUGUUGUCAGUGGAUCCAGACAGAAUGGUCAUCAAGAGAGUUGUUCUGAGUGGUCAUCCUUUCAAAAUUUUUACUAAGAUGGCAGUGGUGCGUUACAUGUUCUUCAACAGAGAGGAUGUGCUGUGGUUUAAACCGGUGGAACUGAGAACAAAGUGGGGCCGUAGGGGACACAUCAAGGAGCCUUUAGGUACUCAUGGCCACAUGAAGUGCAGUUUUGAUGGGAAGCUAAAAUCUCAGGACACAGUACUGAUGAACCUCUAUAAAAGAGUUUUCCCCAAAUGGACUUAUGAUCCAUAUGUACCAGAACCAGUACCUUGGGUGAAAAGUGAGAUUUCUUCAACAGUGCCUGAAAUGGACAUGGAAUAAUGGAUUCAGUGGGAUUCUGUCUCAUUGCUACUAGUUAGCACUCUAGGGUUGGGAGCCUGUAGGUUGUGACUGGGCAGUUUACGUUUUCUACUUAAGCCUACUUAAGGUCUCCUGCUCCUUUUAGCAGAAGACUUUUCUUGGCCUUGACAAGGUAUCUCAGUUAAGUAUGGAUGUUUUUCUAUUGCAACUUAGUCCAAAAAACUAUUAAAACUUACUGAAAUAUACAUUCUCCAUUAGGAUUUUGAAAGCUCUUUGAGAGGGGAAGAUAGGAAGUUGACAAUGACCAGGAGACAAAAUUUCCAAGUGUCUAGACACUGAAUCCCUUUUCUUCCUUUUGCACAUAUUAAACAGAAACAGAUUGCUAAAGAGCUGGCUUUUCAGCCUGCUUCACCCAAGUUAGGGAAGUUAAGUCUACAUUUCCACCACUGAGCACAAUACAAAUGUUCUUUACUUCCGUGGAAACUGUUUGAAAAUGCUUAGACAGCACAGCGGCCACUCCAACACCAGCUGUAGGUUCAAUAAGCAAUUUCAUCCUCUCCCACACCAGCUGGGUUGCAUACUGUUGGUAUAGAAGGGAGUAAGAAUUAGUGAAAUAGGAAAAGGGGAAAGAGCCUAGUUCGUUGGCCUUUAUAAUUAAAGGCCAGAUGGGGAUAUAAUAUGCCCCGUCUGAAUUUUCCUAUUGCUGUAUGUUUGUGUUUGCCAAUGAAGGGCGGGGCUUUUUUCAUUCUAACUCUGCUUCUACGGUCUUAAUACAUCUAGGGCACCCUCCUACGUGUCAUGAAAUCACCUAGUUGAGUCCCUAGUGGGUGAGUUGCUACUUACAGCAGGAGGGUUUUUUGCCUAAGAAGUUGCUCCAUUCUUUGGUUAUUUCCUUUCCUCUUGGGGCCUCACCUUGAUUUCAUCCUCUGUGACAGUGAAGACGUCAUCCACGAGGUCCCUUAUAAUAGGCCAGGUGUUUAAGCCAAUGCUGGAUCUGACACCAUCUGCUAUGGUUUCUGGAGGAUAGGGAUUGGGGGUCAGUUCCCCUUUCAGUUUGGAUUGGUAGCAGUCAUUUGCAUUCAAGGGUUCAGCAGCAUAUACCUUGACACUAGGUUUCAGAGCCUAGGAAGAGGAAUAUUAGAUAGCUUACAACUAGCCACAGCAUUUUGCCCACAUGCUUGCAGUAAAAUGAUUAGUACAGUUAACAUAUUUCUGCCCAAGAGGCUUUCUUUUAAUCGAUGUAAAGGAAAUAAGGCCUUUAAGCACUUGAAAUUGUUUUCCACUCUGGCCUCGGUUGCCUAGAUCACAGCUGGUUCCGCUGGUAACUUGGGAAAAGAGUAGCCACCGACUUGGAUAGUAGGUUGUUGAGAUGGAACUCAGAGGACUGUGAGGGUGCCACUCAUUGUAAUGGCUUUUGUGCUGUAAAGUUUUCAUUAAGAAAAGGGUAGUGAGGGACUUCCCUGGCGGUCCAGUGGUUAAGACUCCGCGUUUCCACUGCAGGGGGCACAGGUUCAGUCACUGGGAACUAGGAUUCCACGUGCCGCACGGCAAAAAAAAAAGAAAAAAGGGUAGUGAUGAAGAGCAGGGCCUUCUAUCUCAAGUGCCAAGGGAUGAUGGGAAGGAAUGGCAAUUUGGGGGACUGUUGAGCAAGUAUUCACAAUGUACUAUGAUGUAAAAUAAACUCUUCUAUGCCUGAA